CGAGUGCGGCGGGCGUAGCUGUGCUCGGGUCCUAGCGCCGGGCCGGGCGACGCCGAGAAACCACCGAAUAGAAGGCCGGAAGCAUCGGAAGUCACAUGCUGCCCGAGUUGCGCGGGUGAUUGGCUUGGCUGGACCUGAAUGAUGCGGCUGUGAUUGCAGAAUUGUCUGGGCAGGUUUAGAGUCUCUGGUGAGCUCCCCUGACUGUGCGUCCCUCCGGAAACGAAGAGGAGGGGGAGGCCUGUCCUCUCUGGGAUCCAGUGGUCACAUCCCCCUCAGGAGCCCCGAAUGCCUACCUCCAGUGUCGUCACCAUGGAGUUCUGAAGUCCAUGUGGCUCUUCACAGUGAAUCAGGUGUUAAGGAAGAUGCAGAGACGCCACAGCAGCAACACGGAUAACAUUCCACCCGAAAGAAACCGCAGCCAGGCGCUCAGCUCCGAGGCGAGUGUGGAUGAAGGUGGCGUCUUUGAGAGUCUGAAGGCAGAGGCGGCCUCCCCACCAGCGCUCUUCUCGGGCUUAUCAGGCAGCCUCCCCACCAGCUCGUUCCCCUCCAGCCUGGUGCUGGGCUCCUCGUCUGGCGGCGGGGACGUGUUCAUCCAGAUGCCCGCAUCCAGGGAGGAAGGAGGGGGCCGGGGCGAGGGGGGCGCCUAUCACCACCGCCAGCCCCACCACCACUUCCACCACGGCAGCCACCGCGGGACCUCCUUGCUGCAGCACGUGGGAGGGGACCACCGGGGGCAUUCGGAGGAGGGAGGCGACGAACAGCCCGGGACUCCUGCCCCCGCCCUGUCCGAGCUGAAGGCUGUGAUCUGCUGGCUCCAGAAAGGACUCCCCUUCAUCCUGAUCCUCCUGGCCAAACUGUGCUUCCAGCAUAAGCUCGGCAUCGCUGUGUGCAUCGGGAUGGCCAGCACCUUCGCCUAUGCCAACUCCACGCUCCGAGAACAGGUCUCUCUGAAGGAGAAGAGGUCGGUGCUGGUCAUCUUGUGGAUCUUGGCCUUUCUGGCGGGGAACACCCUCUAUGUGCUUUAUACAUUCAGCUCCCAGCAGCUAUACAACAGCCUCAUAUUCCUGAAGCCCAACCUGGAGACGCUGGACUUCUUUGACUUGCUGUGGAUCGUGGGGAUUGCAGACUUUGUUCUGAAGUACAUCACCAUCGCCCUCAAGUGCCUCAUCGUGGCCCUGCCCAAGAUCAUCCUGGCCGUCAAGUCCAAGGGAAAGUUCUAUCUGGUCAUCGAGGAGCUGAGCCAGCUGUUCCGAUCCCUUGUCCCCAUCCAGCUGUGGUACAAAUACAUCAUGGGAGAUGACUCCUCUAACAGCUACUUUCUGGGAGGAGUCCUGAUGGUUCUCUACAGCCUCUGCAAGUCCUUCGACAUCUGUGGACGCGUGGGCGGAGUUAGAAAAGCCCUGAAACUUCUCUGCACCUCACAGAACUAUGGAGUCCGAGCCACUGGACAGCAGUGCACAGAAGCCGGUGACAUCUGUGCCAUCUGUCAGGCCGAGUUCCGGGAGCCUCUGAUUCUCCUGUGCCAGCACGUGUUCUGUGAGGAGUGCCUCUGCCUGUGGCUGGACCGCGAGCGCACCUGCCCGCUCUGCCGCUCUGUCGCCGUGGACACCCUGCGCUGCUGGAAGGAUGGCGCCACGUCCGCACACUUUCAGGUGUACUAGGCAGAACACCGAGGACACCCGGAAGGACGCCGAGGCUCAGCAUGCCCGGACCCAGCCCUGCGCGGGCUUCCUGGAAAACACAUCCUGCCUCUUCCCUCCACCACCGCUGACCCCAAAGCCCCGCCCCUGUCUUGUCUUUCUGACCUUCACCUUCCUCUCUCAUGUGCCUCCUUCCCCUGCAAAAGGGGUCGUCUUCCUAACUCAAGACUCAUGCGUCAUCCUUCUCCGACCCGUCAAGUACCUGCCAAUACAUGAAGGUGCCACUUGUUGGUUAUUUCCUUCCUCCCUCCCUCCCUCCCUCCCUUCCUCCCUCUCUCCCUCCCUCCCGUCCUUCCUCCUUCCUCCCUUCCUUUCCUUUCUUCUUUCUUUAUCUUUCUUUAUUCCUUUUUCUUUCUUUUCUCUCUUCCUUCCUUCCUUUCUUUUUCUUUUUUCCUCACUCCCUUCUUCUAUCACUCUCUCCCUUCCUUCAUUCCUUUCCUUCCUGCCUUUCCUUUAUUCUUUUUCUUUCUUCCUUUUUCCUUUUUUUCUUUCUUCUUUCUUUCUUUCUUUUUCCCUCCCUCUCUUUCCUUCCUUCCUUCCUUCUCUCUCUCUUUCUGUUUCUUUCUUUCUUUCUCUUUCCAGGCUAGAAUGCAGUGGCACAAUCUCAAGUCACUGCAACCUCUGCCUCCUAGAUUCACGCAAUUCUCCUGCCUCAGCCUCCCAAGUAGCUGUUACAGGUGCCCACCACACCACUUGGCUAAUUUUUGUAUUUUUUAGUAGAGAGGGGGUUUCACUGUAUUGGCCAGGCUAGUCUCCAAUUCCUGACCUCAAAUGAUCGGCUCUCCUCAGCCUCCCAAAGUGCUGGAUUACAGGCAUGAGCUACCACACCCUGCCUCCUUUAUUUUCUUUCUUUCUUUCUUUCUUUUUUUUUUUCUUUUUUUUUUUUUUUUUGAGACAGGGUCUGGGUCUUUACCCAGGCUGGAGUGCAGUGGCACAAUCACAGCUCACUGCAACCUUGAACUCCUGGACCCAAGCAAUCCUCCCACUUCAGCCUCCCAAGUAGCUGGGACUACUGCUGCAUGCCACCAGACCUGGCCAUUUUUUUUUUUUUAAGUAAAGGUAAGAUCUUAUUAUGUUGUCCAGGGUUGUCACGAACUCCUGGGCUCAAGCAAUCGUCCUUCCCUGGCCUCCUGAAGUGUUGUGUGCUGGGAUUACAGGUGUGAGUCACUGUGCCCAGUCCACUGGUUGGUUAUUUUAACCUAGUACCUUGUACUUGAUGCUACAGGCUGGGGAGGAGCCUGGAGAUCGCUACCUCCCAGAUAGCCCAGGCUGCAGAUUAGCAUCCCUGGGAACCCUGGGAAGUAUUUCUUUCUUUUCUUUCUUGUUUUUUCUUUUUGUUAUUAUUGUGAGACAGUCUUGCUCAGUCGUCCAGGCUGUAGUGCAGUGGCACAAUCUCAGCUCACUGCAACCUCUGCCUCCCAGGUUGAAGUGAUUCUCCUGCCUCAGCGUCUCAAGUAGCUGGGACAACAGGUGCACGCCACUGUGCCUGGCUAAUUUUUUUUGUAUUUUUAGUAGAGAUGGGGUUUUGCCACAUUGGCCAGUCUGGCCUCAAACUCCUGACCUCAGGUGAUCCACCUGCCUCAGCCUCCCAAAGUGCUGGGAUUACAAGCAUGCUCCCAGCACGGCCCGAAGUAUUUUCACACUCCGGAUGUUGGGCUCCACCGUACACCUAUAAUAACUUAAUGUCCCAAACACUUGGCGCAUGGCAGGCGCCACAUCCAGCCCCCUGCUUGGAUUCUGUGCUGUCAUCUUCAGAACAGUCUUGUGAUGGGGGAGGUAUGUUGGGUCCCCCAUUUUACAGAUGAGGAAAUAGGGGCACACAGCUUAGUGUGGUGACUCUCCCAGCCAGCACGGGUGGGCCAAGUUUCCAACAGAGGCCUGGUACAGCUUCAGAACCCACAUUAAAGAAAUUUUUUUAUUACAGAUUCAGUCUCCUAGGCUCAAGUGAUCCUCCCACCUCAGCCUCCCAAGUAGCUGCAACUCUGGCACACUCCACUCUGCCCAGCAGAGCCCGCACUCUUAACUGCCUCACUGAUCUGCCCCUCAGAUAUUCCAGGCAUGGGGUCCAACAGACACGCUUUUCUAAAAGCACAGGAGAGACUGGGUGUGGUGGCUCAUGCCUAUAAUCCCAGCACUUUGGGAGGCUGAAGCAGGCGGAUCACCUGAGGUCAGGAGUUCAAGACCAGCCUUGCCAACAUGGUGAAACCCCCUCUCUACUAAAUAUAAAAACUAGCCAGGCGUGGUGGUGAGCGCCUGUAAUCCCAGCUACUCAGGAGGCUGAGGCAGGAAGAAGUGCUUGAAAUCGGGAGGCGAAAGUUGCAGUGAGCCAAGAUUGUGCCACUGCACUCCAGCCUGGGUGACAAAGUGAGACUCUCUCAUAAAUAAAUAAAUUCACAUGAGGUGACUUUAAUACUCAUCCAGGUUAAGAAUCAGUGGUCCAGGAACAUAGCAUGCUAGAUAUGAACUAUGUUGAAAACAUUGAAUGCUAGAUCCUGAAAUCUACUUGCGGCUAGGUCCACAGAAAAAUGUAGCCCUUAAAAUUCCCAUUUCUGACAGGCAUGGGGCCUCAUGCCUGUAAUCACAGAACUUUGGGAGGCUGAGGUGAGUGGAUCACUUGAGGUCGGGAGUUUAAGACCAGCCUGGCCAACAUGGUGAAACCCUGUCUCUACUAAAAAUACAAAAAUUGGCUGGGUGUGGUAGUAGGCACCUGUAAUCCCAGCUACUCUGGAGGCUGAGGCGGAAGAAUUGCUUGAACCCAGAAGGUGGAGGUUGCAGUGAGCUAAGAUCACACCACUGCACUCCAGCCUGGGUGACAGAGUGAGUGAGACUCUGUCUAAAAAAAAAGAUCAGCUUUGGCCCAGAUGUGGGUUCCACUUGGCGUCCCGUCUUUAUAUCUUUCCUCCUCUUUCUAUUCUGUCGUCAUCCUCACUUAAGUCUCAGGCCUGUCAGCGGCUCCUGGGGACAUUGCCAUCCCCUCUGGUAGCCUUCAGAGCAAACGGGACAACCCAUGUUAUGGAUGUUUCCACCAACCAGGGUGGUGGCUCAGAGCAUCGUCUCCAUCUGUGUGCUUCUGUGAUCUCUGACAGAGCCACUUUUCCACCUCUGAAACUCUCCCUGCUCUGAAAUCUGGGAUGAGAUAGCACAGGUGACCACACAGAAGCCACUGGAAUCUUGCCUGCGCUAUUCUCUCCCAACUCUGUUCUCUUAUUGUCAACCUCAGCACAACAGGCUGGCACCAAUGGCAUUACAGAGAAAGCAAUCUGUGUGGCUAGUGGGCAGAUAAGCAUGCAAGCCCCAGGAGAAAUGGAGGAGCUGUGCAGCCACCUCGCUGUCAGACAGUAUUAACAUGUCCCCUGCGCCCGCCCCCCCCCCCCAAUAGAUUCAGGACAUUCACUCCUGUGUCACAAGGCCAGGACUUUUCCCUUGGCAUGGCAUCCCUGGCUCUCUCCUGGUACCCAGCAAGACGUCUCUUCCAGGGCAGUGUAGCAUCUUUCAAGCUCUGUUACUAUGGCGAUGGCCAUGCUGUUACAAUCCCACUUGCCUGAAUAAUCAAGUGGGAAGGGGAAGCGAUGGGAAACAGGGCCAGGUGGAUGCGGCUGCUCUCUUCUCCCUGCCCUGAGGAAGAACCGAAGGGAAGCAACAGGCACUUCUGCAACUGGCUUUUAUCGAAAAGAUCAUCCUGCCUGCAGAUGCUAUCAAAGAGGCACAAGAAAUUGGAGCUGGAGAAGGCUGAUUAAAGUGCAGGUGUGUAAGGAAAUAGAUAGAACAGUCUGCUGGGAGUCAGACCUGGAAUUCUGAUUCCAAACUCUGCAUGACUUUGAAAAGCCACUUGGCCUCCCUGUAGCCAUCUCCAGCCUGAUGGAACCUAGUGUAUUACCUGCUGGAACCAAGGAAACUAUCAAUGUAGGUUACUAGUGAAUACCCCAGUGGUUUCUCCAAUUAUGUCCAUGCCACCAAAACAAUAAAAUUCUCUAACACUGCAAA